AUGGCAUCGUCUUUUGUCCUGGUCGCCUCGCCGCCACCUCCGUCGCCGCCCAUCGCCCUAUGCGACUCGCUCGCCAAGCGAGCUCAGGCCAUUCUUAGCAAGACGCCUGUGUCCAGUCCGCUGCCGAUAGUGAAGGAAACCGAGCCAAAGAAGGAGCUUAAGCGCACGCGCAGCGUCGGUUUUGAAGGCGCAGAUAUCGUCGAGUUUGAGCCGACCAUCUUUACCACGACCGUGACGUCUGGCGGCGUUCCGGUGGGUCUUUCCAACAAAGAGCGUCGUCGCAUCCGCCGGCGGCUCGACUCGUUUGAACUAGAACGCCAAAAAGUCCGGGUCUGCCGGCAAAACUACAUGGAAGAAGGGUACUUAGACCCGCAAGAACGCGCCGUCAUUCUCGGCAACGCGGGCUGUGAAGAGACCUCGUUCGAAUCCGUCGAAGCCGAGGUCAACAUGAUCAUUGCCCACCGAAGGGAGUCGAACGAGAUGGACAUCCAAUGCAUGUACGGGCUCGGCGAGUACGGCGACUCGGACUCGGAGGACGACACCGCUGGUCGGCAAACGGCUGACGAAGGCAUCCAAAGCCCGACGCCACUCUACGGCGCUUGCCUCGGCUGCGACGACACGACGGAGUGGAAGCAGACUCUUGACAUGAUUGCAAAGGGCGGCGACAUGGAGCCCGAAGGCGAAGACGGGCUCUCCAAGGCACGCCGUGCGGCUAUUGGGUGCGACGAUCUCAAGGACGACGACUCCCUCUUCUUCCUCUCGUCCGGCGAAAACUUCGCCGAGUUUGAGCUCAACGUUUCUUGCGACAUGGAUGACGACAACGGUGACGCAUCGGCCGUCGUGGUGCCGACCGCCAAGUCGCCGCUGGCGUGCGCCGAGAUUGAGAUGGACUCGACUACGCCGGACGACGACGAGGCCAAGGAAGAAGCGUAG